CUUCUGGAACGGUUCCUCGUUUUGUCCACCAUCCCUACUCAUCUCUAGUCUAGUGCUUGUCAUUCUGGCUUCUAGUCAUACCGUGGUAUAAUAGUAUGAUGCACUGUUGCGGGUUAACAUUGAUUGUUUGAAUGUGGUUAAUAUUUUAAUGAGAUAAUUUUUUAAAAUUAAAAAUUCUAAACUUUCAUUUACUACAUAUUCAAAUAUAUUGUAUGGCUUUUACCUGCCAGUGAAUGUUAAGGUUUGGUCACCGAAUAACAUGAUUGGGAUAUGGACCCUGGCUCAUCCAAAGACCCACGUUGUCCUUAUUGUGAGAAAGGCCAUGUGGGACCAUGUACUUUUGGUACCCCUCAGAAGCAGCAACAGGCUGAGGUCUCAGCAGGAAUCAUUGAACCUCCAGAGACACCCAAAAAACAUAAGAACUUUCUUUGUGAGGAUUGCGGGAAAGCGUUCAAGACUAGAAGAAAGCUGACACAGCAUAAGUCUAUUCAUUCUGGAGAGAAAAGGUACACCUGUGAACAUUGUACCAAAGGAUUCAGCUCUAAGUUCAAAUUAGUCCGUCACAUGGUUGUACAUUCAAAGGUCAGAGACUGGGAAUGUGAGGCCUGCGGUACUGGGUUCAGGAGAAAGGACCAUCUUGAAGCACACUUAAGACAACAUUGUGGUGAAAGGACUCUCUUCCCUUGUCAACUAUGUUCUAAAGGACUAUUAGACAACCUGCAAAUCCCCUCUUCUAUCAUCUACGUAAAUUCCCUCUUGAUGACGUUAUACACCCUCAAGGCCAUCCCUGGUGGCAGGCAGUGGGCCCUGGCUGUGACUGGGCUCCAUGAGUCUCUAUGUAGUGGAUUACAUCAUGCUUGGGCAGUUUCACAAAAGAGGUUUGGCUGGGUCAUGCUAGGGUACCAGCAUAGUUAUGUACUGCGCCAUUCCCCUGUACGUACUGAAUAA